UUCCCAUCUGAGGGGUGGCAGGAGGGGGCCUGGAGAAAGAUGGCGGUGAAUCAGAGUCAUACCGAGAACCGCCGCGGGGCCAUCAUCCCUUUUGGCGAAAGUGUCUUGACUCAGUGUCAGGAUGUAGAGCUCUCCUUCCUACAGCAACCAGAGGGAUCCAGUCUCUUCAGUGGUACAAAGAGGGGAACACUGUUUCUCACUUCAUACCGGGUGAUCUUCGUGACCUCACACACAGUCAAUGACUCCAUGUUUUCUUUUAUGAUGCCAUUUCAUCUGAUGAGUAACUGCACCAUCGAACAACCAGUCUUUACCUCCAACUUCAUUAAAGGAAUCAUUCAGGCAGCUCCAGAUGGUGGCUGGGAAGGACAGGCUACUUUUAAAUUAGCCUUCAGAAAAGGAGGUGCCAUCGAAUUUGCCCAGUUGAUGAUGAAAGCUGCCUCUGCUGCUGCCAGAGGAGUUCCACUUGGAAGUGUAAAUUACUGGUUCAGCACUCCAGGACUGUACGUAUUUACUGGGCAGGGGGGCAUGAUGUGCUCCCAACAGAUGCCUUGUCCAGCAUACCCAUUUGUUGUCUAUGGACCCCCACAGGCAGGAUACAGAACCCCACAAGUGGGAUACGGACACCUGCAGGCGGGAUAUGGCCCCUCGCCAGGGGUGUAUGGAACCCCACAGGUGGGAUACAGACCCCCACAAGCAGGAUAUGGGUCCCCACCUGUGGGAUACAGACCCCCACCUGGGGUAUGUGGAACCCCCCCUGCAGGAUACGGACCCCUACCAGCUGGAAAUGAAGCUUCACCGGCUGCAAAUGAAGCCCCUCCUCCAGGAUAUGAAGUUCCACCUGCUGGAAAUGGAGCUGGGUCUAGCAGAUUUAUGGCAGCCCAGCCUGCUGGACAUGAGCCUUCUCUUCCCCCUGCUUCAUCUUCCGAGGCCCAGCCACCAUCUUUCAGGAAAUAACCCUUGAAGACUCACCAAGCAAAGUGGCACUCAAGAACCAAGGUCAGGACAAGAAGGCGGACUCAGAGUUUCUUCUUUUCUCACUUCUAAACCUCUCUACAUGGGCAGAAGUGACAAGGAGAGGAAGAGGGAUUCUACCAACCAGAGCAGGAAUAGGGUUCCUAUUCCUCAUUCAACUUUUCAGUUUCUGCUGGAAUGUGAUGCCAUGGUUUAUAUGAUUCCUACUGGCCAAAGCCACCGCUGGCAAGGUGAUCCCAUAGAACUCAUCUGGUGUUUAAAGGCCUUUGAAAGUGAAUUAAUAGUUAUUACUGAAGUUGGGUGCCAGGCAAUGUGCUAAGGCACUUCAUAAGCAUGUCUCACUUCAUCCCCGUAGCAAUCCAGUGAGGUGCCAGGCAAUAGGAGGUGUUUCCUUGCGUGGCUCGAUCCUCUCCGCACAUCUGUGAGGUCCUGGGAAGGAAAAUGCUGGAAAACAGAUUGCAAGCCAACCAGAGUGAGAGAUCUGAACCAGUCCACGUAACACAACUUGGGGACGGAGACUGAUUUCUAGGUUCUCGUUAGAAAACAGGCCUUCUUCCUGCCUAUGUCCUGAGGAGAAAAAAGAAGCUAAUGAAACCGAAGAAGCUGAGGUCACCCUGGCUAUACACCCUCCAUUAAAGCCUGCUUGCUGUUUCAA